AUGAGACCGGACUUCCAAACACUAUUCGAGGAUGGGUUGAUCUUCUUCUCCAUAGCGUUCCUGGCAAACCUCUGCUCAACCGUAUUCAUGCUCCUUAACCUCAAGCUGAUCAUGACCAUCAUCAAUGUCCCCGCUGUCAUUGUCUCCUCAAUCGUCGCAUGCCGUGCGGUUCGUCGCCUCACAAACUUCGCCAACUCAGGUCUGGAAGUCCAUGGACAACCAUAG